CGACUUCCUCACCGGCUCUAUGCGCAUCGAAGACCUCAUGCGUAUGCCUACCUCUGCACCGUGGGGACUCAAGCCUCGCUGCCCUUCUGAUGCUGACCCCGAAAACAUGUCGCACGGCCAGCAGCUCACCAGGUGCCCGCCUGCAGAGAUGCCGAGAAAGAGACCUUCCCUUCUCAUGCAGUCCCACUCGCGGGAGAAGAAGAAGCUUACUUAUGACCUUGGGAACGACGAACAGCCGCGGCCAACGCAGAUUCCACGCAAAUCUAUCUCCGCGACGAAGCGUUCAGAUGACGCACGAUACACCUCCCGAAAUCUCAACCUCCACAAGGCGAAAGGCCAUCCCACUCCGCAGGCCCGCAAAUGACCUACCUGGCGACCGUCAACUGAUGCUGCACCUCUGG